AUGCGCGCGAGCGGCGGCGCGAGCCCACGACCCGCACCACCGAAGCGCUCCGCCCCUCCGACCACCACCAAACUACCAGUGCCCGCCUCCUCCUCCCUCGCCAUGCCGGCCCCUCGCCUCGCCCACCUCCGCCGCCUACUCUCCCUCCACUCCCCACCUCCCCACCCACUCGCCCCCAGCCCCGCCCGCCCCCUCCGCCCAUCCUUCCACCUCCCCCGCGCCAUGGCCGGCGCCGCACAGGCAGGUGCGGCGACGGGGUCGGCGGAGUACGAGGAGGUGCUGGGGUGCCUGGCGUCGCUGAUCAAGCAGAAGGUGCGCGCGGACACCGGCAACCGCGGCAAUCAGUGGGAGCUCAUGGCCAAGUACCUGCAGAUACUGGAACUGGAGGAGCCCAUCACGCGGCUGAAGGUGGUUCACGUCGCCGGGACCAAAGGGAAGGGUUCAACAUGCACAUUUGCUGAGUCAAUUCUUCGAUCAUGUGGUUUCCGCACUGGACUUUUCACCUCUCCACACUUGAUUGAUGUCCGUGAGCGGUUUCGGCUUGAUGGGCUGGACAUUUCAGAAGAAAAGUUUAUUAGGUAUUUCUGGUGGUGCUGGAACAAAUUGAAGGUCAAAACUGGUGAUGAUAUUCCAAUGCCAGCCUACUUUAGGUUCCUUGCGCUGCUAGCAUUCAAGAUUUUUUCAGAUGAGCAGGUGGAUGUAGCUGUGCUGGAGGUCGGUUUGGGAGGGAAAUAUGAUGCAACAAAUGUGGUAAAAGCACCUGUAGUUUGUGGGAUAUCUUCCCUCGGAUACGAUCACAUGGAAAUUCUUGGAAAUUCACUUGUAGAAAUUGCUGGGGAGAAAGCUGGAAUAUUGAAGAAGGGAGUUCCAGCCUAUACAGUUCCACAACCAGAGGAGGCAAUGUCUGUACUGAAGCAGAGAGCUUCUGAAUUGGGUGUUUCUAUCCGAAUAGUUCCACCUUUGGACCCACGGCAAUUAGAAGAUCAACCUCUUGGGCUGCAUGGUGAACACCAGUACAUGAAUGCAGGCCUUGCAGUUGCAUUGGCUAAUACCUGGCUUGAGAGGCAAGGACAUUUGGACAGAAUACAUGUCAAAGAUCAUCAUGGAGUGCAGGGCACCUUACCAGAUCAGUUCAUCAAAGGGCUAUCGAUUGCUUGUUUGCAAGGCCGAGCACAGAUUGUCCCAGAUCUACAAGUGAGCUCAGAAUGUAAGGAUGCCAGUUAUCCCUUAGUUUUCUAUUUGGAUGGGGCACAUAGCCCAGAAAGUAUGGAAAUAUGCGCAAAGUGGUUUUCCCAUGUUACGAAAAAGGAUGCAGCACAACCAGGUCCUUUGGAGCAGCCUCGUAGUGGUAUCAAUUCUAAGAAGAUUCUCCUGUUCAAUUGCAUGUCAGUAAGAGAUCCUCAGAUAUUGCUUCCACGUCUUCUAGAUACAUGUGCUCAGAAAGGCCUCCGCUUUGAUCAGGCCUUAUUUGUGCCAAAUCAAUCGCAAUACAACAAGCUUGGUUCACAUGCAUCACCACCUCCAGGGAGAGAGCAAAUUGAUUUGUCAUGGCAGUUGUCACUCCAAACAGUCUGGGAAGACUUGCUUCGCGGCAAGAAAGGUCUAAAUGGCACAAGUUCUAGUGGGGCUAGUUUAGUUUUUGAAUCUCUUCCAUCAGCAAUUAAGUGGCUAAGGGAAACUUCUCAACAAAACCAAUCUACUUCAUGCCAGGUCUUGGUUACUGGCUCCCUGCAUCUCAUUGGCGAUGUCUUAAGAUUGAUUAAGACCUGA